AUGGCAGCAGUACCUGAACUCACCAGUGAAAAGAUGAAUUGCAGUGGCAAAGAGAAUGACCAGUUCUUUGAGGAGGAUGGUCCAAAACAGAUGAAGGGCAGCUUCCAAGACCCGGACCUCAGCUCUGUGGGAAAUGGGGCCCUCAUGCUGCAAAUCUCUCACCAGCUCUACAACAAGACUUUCAAGCAUGCCGCGUCGAUCAUUGUGGCUGUGGAGAAGUUGAAGAAGAUACCCAGUCCCUGCUCACAGGCCUUCCAGGAUGAUGACCUGAGGAGCCUCUUUUCCUUCAUCUUUGAAGAAGAACCCAUCAUCUGUGACAAGCAGAAUGAUACUUAUCAGAGUAAUUCUGCCGUGGAAUCGCUGGAUAUCAAACUCGAGGACAUAGAAGAAAAAGCCAUGGUACUGUCUGGCUCAUGUGUGCUGAAGGCUGUCCACCUCCAGAGAACCCAGGAGGACCAGCAAGUGGUGUUCUGCAUGAGCUUCGUGCAAGGAGAAGAAGAGACCAACAAGAUACCUGUGGCCCUGGGCCUCAAGGGAAAGAAUCUGUACCUGUCGUGUGGGAUGAAGGACGGGAAGCCCAUCCUGCAGCUGGAGUCAGUAAAACCCAAUACUUACCCAAAGAGGAAAAUGGAAAAGCGAUUUGUCUUCAACAAGCUGGAAAUCAAUCACAAGUGUGAAUUUGAAUCUGCAAUGUACCCCAACUGGUACAUAAGUACCUCUCGAUCAGAACUUCAGCCCAUCUUCCUAGGAAAUACCAGAAGCAGUGAGAAUAUUACUGACUUCAUCAUGGAACUCGCCUAAAGAGAGCUAUACCCAGAGAGUCCACAUGUACUGAAGAACCCCUAGAAGUGGCAGAGCGGAAUAGAGGGGGUUUGAAUAUGGCUGCAAGCUGAACUUCACUCUUGUCUAAUCAAUGCCCAGAUGCCUUCCCUAUAUUAGUGCUAAGGAGAUCUCUUGCUCACCAGCCUGGAGGAACACCCCCUCCUCCCAGGGCCAAUCCUCAGACCCCCUCUGCUGAACAGGGCCUCUCUCACCUCUCCUACUCACUCAAAGCCAGCCUGGUAGAAACCACUGCACAUCAGGUUCAAAGAAACCUUCUGUCAUUUGAGCCCAGCUUCUGAUGAGCAACCACUUAACUAAUUAUAUAUUUAUUUAUUUAUUGGUGGGUUAGUCUAUUUAAUUUAAUUCAAGGGGGACAAGAAGCAGCAGUGUCUGUGAAAGAGCCCAAUCUUCAAUAUCUAUGGAACUAGUUUAACUUGGACUAGAGUACCAUCUUUACAUCAAGUCCUUUCACCAAGGCUGAAAAUAUAUAAGCUCAGAUUAUUUAAAUAGGAAUAUUUAUGAGUGAGGGAGUAUGAUCACACUGUUUCAAUGAUUCUGAAAUAAACUUUGC